UUGGACCUGGGCAUUGCAGAGCUCUACACCAUUGGCUGGAUCUAUGGCACUGAUCGGCUUUGCAAGGACAUUGAGUUCAUGCUGGGCCGCAAAGUGGGUCUCUAUUGGCGACUCUGCUGGAGCAUCUUCACCCCAUUGAUUAUGACUGUAAUCCUGAUCUACUUCUAUGCCACCUAUGAGCCCCUGACCUACAACGACAAAAUCUACCCAGGCUGGGCGUACAGCAUCGGUUGGACCAUCACUGCCUUUGGCAUUCUCCAGUUGCCCGUGUGGAUGAUUGUGGCCAUUGUCCGGGAUCCGGGCAGAACUUUGGGUGAGAAGAUCACUGGCGCUUUCACUCCAACGAAAAACUGGGGUCCCCUCGAUCCCCUGCUGCGGGAGCAGUAUCACAAAGAGAUUGACAACGAAUUGACCCCGAAGCGGGGUCAAGGCGUUUGGCCCGCCAUCAAGCAGAAUAUUUUUGGUUAGCCGGAGAUCUGUACGUAUUGAGAGAGCCACCAUUGUAAAUAGUUUUGUGAAUGUAUAUUUUUUAAGUUGUGAAAAAGUAUACUAGAAGAUCUUGUAUAACUCUUAAGUCUGCC